AGAGAGAGAGAGAGAGAGAGAGAGAGAGAGAGAGAGAGAGAGAGAGAGAGAGAGAGAGAGAGAGAGAGAGAGAUGAUGACCAGCAGGUACAGCGGGAUUGACGAGAGUAGCGUGUUGAUUGUGCACAGCAGUCCGCCAUGGAGAGAGAUAGCUCUGGCGGUGUUGCUGCUCACACUCGGGUCGCUUGGAAUCAUCAUGGGAGUGUUCAUGAUGUACGACAAGGUGGGCGGUGACCGGUCGCACGGUGUUGUUUUCACCCUCCUUGGCGUCCUUUUGUUUCUGCCAGGCUUCUAUGUGACCAGGAUUGCUUAUUAUGCCUACAAGGGUUACAAAGGCUUCUCCUUCUCGAACAUUCCUGCUGUUUGAUCGCCGAUUACCUCCAUUCACGCACCGCCAUCAAGCACCAUCCUUCUCUUCGUCAAAGCCUUGGCCCUGCCCCCUUGGUACUCCGAACGGAUGGGUGGUUAUUCCAGAAAUUCACUCAAAUUUCCCGUUUCCUAUCUACUUCUACUACUGUAAUAUAAAUGUGAAAUUUUCGAAAACUGGAAAUUUGCGAAAACUGGAUUUUUGAGUGAAGUGAAGUUCAACCCUCCUUACCUUCCAAUCGAAUACGCCCUUGGCAUAGGCGGCCGUUCACCAUGGCCAUCACGAGACGAAGGAGGGAAGGAGAGGGAGAGGAGAGGAUAGGGAGAGGAUAGGGAGACAGAGGACGGAAGAAAAAAGCCCAUAGGAUAGACGGAGGCAGAUGAGGAGACGAAGGCUGUAUGCCCCUUUUUCUGGCUCUUGAGGCCGAGGUCGCUGACUCGAAUCCGUGCUUGUACGGAGGAGGGCUUAGGCUCAGAUGUGCGAAUCCAUUUGCUGCUGCCCCCCAUUUCGCCUGUCAGAAGCCACACAGCUUGAAAUUGCUGACGUGCACUUGGCUUGCCAAGGGCGUUGGUCAUUCCGUCCAUGGAAGUGGAUGGCGUGCUCCAUGAGAGGGGAGAAUAGGGAAAGGAAGUGAUAGGAGGUAGAAGAUGGCGGGAGGAAGGAGGAGAAGGUAGGGGAAAAUGGGAUGAACGGGAGGAAGAGAGGAUGAGGAGAAAGGAAGGAUAGAAGGGCGAAAGAAGGAGGAGGGCAAGCAAUGGACGACGAAGGAAGGCUGUGUUGGCCCAGGAGGAGCUAGGAUUGGGAAGAGAGGAGAGUACGAGCUGGGGUCAGGUGUACUGCCUUCUGAGCGUUGAAGGGGGUGACGUCAACUGCCUCUGCCUACCUGCUAAGUGUUGAAGGAUGACAAAAGGGCGGGAAGAAGUGUGAGGUUGACAAAAAGGGCGGGAAGAAGUGUGAGGUUGACAAAAAGGCGGGAGGAAGUGUUGAAGGAUGACAAAAAGGCGGGAAGAAGUGUUGAAGGAUGACAAAAAGGCGGGAAGAAGUGUGAGGUUGACAAAAAGGGCUGGAAGAAGUGUGAGGUUGACAAAAAGGGCGGGAAGACGAGUCGGGGGGUAGAAAAAUGGAUAUGAUGGGAGAAAGUGCGGAAGCUGCAAGUAGCAGACAUCCUGUAGAGAAUGAAGGUUCGACGGCAUAUACUCUUGAGGUCGGCUGUCAUGGCAAUCUGGGCAGAGAGGAGGGGGGGAAGCGGAAAGGGGGGGCGAGCGGGGGCAUAAGUUGUAUGGUGUAUUGUGCAAGGGGAAAGGGAGUAGGGUUGUGGACGAAGGGAUUGCAGGAUCUAGAAGGAACGCGGGGAGGGGGAAAGGGGGGGGAGGGGGGAGGGGAGAGGGGUCUCACUCCAGCACUCGUCACAUGCUCCAAAGAUAAAUUAUGCCGGUGUAUCUUUCAUGUUCUAUCGGAGCGGUGGAUGCUACAGUCUUCCCCUGAAUACAACGUACGGUCAUUAUAGCUAAAAAUUUAGACCGAAAGAUACACCAAAUUCAGCUCCAGGCUAAUGGACGGGGGAUCUGGCGGGAAAGUUCGAUGUAAGGGGGAAGGAGAGACCGUGAUUAUAGACGGUGUUUUUGGAGUGCGAGAUUGUGGAGGAUCAGUGCGGGUUCUGCUGAGGGGGAGGUAAAGGUGUUUAGUGCGCAAGGGAUGGGAAUUGAGUUGGGAGGUCGGGGGUGGAAAAAAAAAAAAAGAGAACAAAAAAAAAAAAAAAGAAGUAUCGAGGAUAGAGGGGCUUCACUACGAAAAAAGGAGUGAUGCAUGCCGGGCGCGUAAGGGUGAGGGGUGGGGGGAGCGCAGGGAUGUGAGAGGGGAAUAUGGGGGGCGACGAAAGUGAACCUUGUACCGAAAGCAGGAGCGAGAGGGCGGAGGCGGAGAAGGGUUGAGGCGGAGGGGAGAGGCGUGAGCGGACUGCGGAGGAGCUAAUCAAGGUCUCCCCCCGUU